AUGAUGAUGAUGAAGUCGGGACGGGACGUGCUGAAGAAGGUGUUAACUGCGCCCCUGGCGCUUCUAUUCGUCGCCACCCUCUGCUCGAGCUUGUGUUCCGCUGAAUAUCCGGGCGUCAUUGAGCUCGUUGGCUACAGCAAUCGACGGGCGCGCACUCAUUUCAUGGAGUCCCCCAGUCCGAAUCCCACGCUGACGCCACCUGCGGCCAAGACACGCGCUGACAUCGAGACUGUGAAGCGCAACAUGAAGAAGUACGAUCGUCUGUUGGAGCUGGACACAAAGAACUUGCCGGAGCCACAGAAGGAUAUGCUGGCGCGCAUUGUGGAGCGUGUGGCAAGGUUGAAGGAGACACUCGACAUCGAGGAACAGCAGCUGAUACAACAGGAGGCAACCUCGGCACGCAGCAGCAGCGGCAGCUCAUCCACUCAACAACUGUCCACGGAGGAACUCGAGCAGAGCACGCUGCCAACGACGGGCUACACCGAAACGGAAACCGAUCCCACGCUGUUGCUGGAUGAGACCACGCUGCUGGAGUUGCAGAACACAAUGAACGAACAGGCUGCUCUCCAGGCUGAAGUCACGGCACAGACAACUUUAAUGCGUGAAUUCCCUACGACAACGGAUGCCAUCGAUGUUGGGGAAACAACAGCGCCCGCUUUGACCACGCUCGCUGAGAGCAGCCAGGAGACCGCAAGCGAUGCCAGCGAAGAGGAGUCGACAACCAGCAACGAUUCACUGACCGAUGCCACCGAUGCCGAUGAUCAAUUUGUGGCCGCACGUUCGAACAACAACAUUGCUGCCAUCACAGCAGCCGAUGCGGAUCCCAGCACCAGCACAACACAAAGUGCGGGCAAUCAACGCACGCUGACCACCAUGGGCAAGCUGAAGUUGCGUCCGACGAAGCGUCCUUUCGGUCAUAAGGUUACAGCAGCGCUGAAGCGUCAAGGACAACGUCCCAGCAGCGUGAGUGCAGCAGCAGCCAAUGCAGCAGCAGCCUCAAAGCCUCCCUCACAGACAGCGACAACCAUCAAGCAGAAACAGGGCAGCAACAGCAACAACUAUGCGCAGAAGCAGACAACCAAACAGCAGCAACAGCAGCAGAAGGUAACAGCCGCUGGCAACACGCAACAGCCAGCAACAAUGACAACGGCCAACUCUCAGGCGCCAGCAUUGCCGUUGGAACAGCUUUACACACGCACGCCUCAAGCCAACAUACCUGCAGCAGCAGCAGCAGCCGCCUCCGUGGCAGCAGCAGCAGCAGCAGCAACACCCGCCGCCAGCAGCUAUACGAACAGCAACAGCAACCCAUCGGAAUCGAUAGUCUAUGAUGGUCAUGUGAAUGCCUCGGCGCUUAUUGACAGCCUCAAUACGCAUGCGCGCGAGGAGUACUAUCAACAAAAGCUUGCCGCCAACGGUGGCAGCAGCAGCAGCAGCAUCGGCAACAGUAAUGGCAAUAGCAACAACAAGGAUAAUAAGAAGACGGCGACAGCGAAACCCACCAAAUAUCAUUAUUAUCCGCACAAUCAACACAUCUAUCUGCUGCCCGAAUGCGCCAUACAACAGGUCUGCAAUGCGGUAUAUGUGCGUCUCAACUACACCCAACCACUGUGCGCCUGUCCAUCAAGAUAUCGUGAUCCCUGUUCGGCGAGUCUCAACGAGGAUGAUCAGCACACCACCAAAUUGGUCGGUGAUAAUAAGAAGAAGGCAAUUACGCUGGCUAAAACCUGCGAGGCGACCACAGAAAUGCGCGAAUGCCGCUCCCCCAAGGAUUGGUCGCUGUUGGCGCUGCAAAACACACGCACUGGCAAAUCGCACUAUCUCGUCAUCUGUCGCUGUCCCGAUCACUUCAAAAUGGAGGGACCCAUGGCCCAUGAUCAACCCACAUAUGCCAGCGUUCCCGGAAUCCGUGUCUUUGGCAUGAUGUGCGUCAAACCUGGCUACUCGGUGCGCAAACCUAGCGCACAGCCUCCCAAGCGCUACCAGCUGCAAAAGCCCUUCUAUCGUCCGAGUGUAAAUGGCGGAGGUCUGGGUGCUCAGAAGGAUACCUAUGUGCGUCCGAUCUAUGGAGGCGGCUCUAGUGGAAGCCAAGUGGGCAGCUCGGCCAUCAGUGCCAACUAUCAGCCACAGGAUCAAUCGUUUGCGAACGGCGGCGGCAGCAGCUCCUAUCAGUAUUUGAAUCGUCCAGAGAGCACACACAACACGCAUAGUUCACCCAACUUCCGACCAGAUCAAUUCACCCUAAGCGGUUUCCCCGGCAGCAACUACGGACGCAACAACGAACGACGCGGCGAGGCGCCGCCAAUUGAAGCCGCAGCCGAGGAGCGUGAUGGACAGACGCCCAGCAGCAGCACACAGGCCAGCGAUGAGCUGGAGGCACGCACCACACUCCAAGCGGACUCCAACCUCAAUUCGGAGCUGAGCGAAUCGCCGGCGGAGCUGACGACGUUGCCCGACUCGAGCCGAGUGAAGCGCGCCUUGGAUGCGGCAUUGGAUGACUUUGAGCCCGAGUUUCCCUGGGAUCGUGUGCUGGAGUUCCAACAGACUAUUGUCUGGGAUUAGGUUCGGAACUAGAGUAGUUAAAUUUUUUCUAGCACAAAAUUUUGAAAAGCAAAACACGAAAAUUUUCGGCAAAAAAAAAAUGAAUAACAAACGCACUGUGACUGAAGCAAAAAUGAAGAUCGCAUGAAUUACGAGUCUCGAUUAGCGAGAUCAACUACGACUACGUGAGAGGCGGUUUUACGUUACGUAACGUAGCGUCGCAUCACGUCGCGUAACGUAACGUACUUACAAUUUAGGUAUUAAGACACCCUUAAGCAUUAAGCAUUUGAAAUGGCAUUUUCCGAUCUUCAAGUUGGAUCGUCUCUUUUUAAUUUAAACAUAAUACUCGUACGUAUUUUCUAUUUAUUGAAACAAUUACGAAUUAAUUAAACAAUUACGCGCCCACGUCCCGCCCACACUAAUUGUUUAAUUAAUUUGUUUUGCAUGUAACUCAAGCAUGGCCUCAAUUUAAUAACAUAUUUAUAUACAUAUUGAAACACGACAAAACAACAAUAUUUAGUUUAGUUCCAAGAAAUUCGCAGACAACAAUUAUUUAAAUUAUUGAAGAAAACGAAAAUAUAUUUAGUUGCUUAUUUAUGUUAGACUUAAGCUGCAUUUACUAGUAGUUAAAUAAAUCAAGAAACCAACAAUACAAAAAAUUAUCAAAGUGAAAUCCCUAAUUUGAAAUUGAAAAAACAAUUCAUGAAUUUCUUGCUGUUUACGGCGAAUUCGAAAUGCAAAUGUAAUAAAAAAUUAUUUAU